AUGGUUUUACAAGAGAGUGAUAUGUUCAUGGAUGCUUUGAAUGCUUCUGCAACAAACAAGAAAGAACCAAAGAAAAGAAAACGACGCACGAGCGGUUCUAAGGAUGGCAAUGCAAAUGAUGGAUCACCUCCCCACACACCAACCAUAACGAGUCCAAGCAGUGAGGGCAAGUCAGUACCCCCUAAGUUUUAUCAAGAUACCUUGGAUAAUGAAGAUAAGGCGAAGGAAAAAACAUCGGAAGACACCGAAAGCUCUACAGUUACAAGUAGUGAUAGUAAAAUGGAGACUGAUGAACCACAUACAUUAACAGUAAAUGGUUUGAAAGGUGUCCUUUGUUAUCACAAAAGAAAAGGUCCCAAAAAGAGCAUCAAAUGGAAACCAGAUUCAGAAUUGGAAGAGGUGCAGUACUUUGAACUAGAUGAAACAGAAAGAGUAAAUGUCACGAAAACUUUUACGGAUAUGAAAUACUUGGACAGAAUACAUGAAAGAGAAGCAUACGAAAAGGCAAGAAAUCUCAUAAAUGACGAUGUUAUGGAAGAGAAAACUAGCUGGAAACCUUUAGUUUUAAUAAAUGCUGAAGGACAAACUCCAGUUGAGUAUGGCAAAAAUAGCAAAGAAAAAGAUAUACAAGCAUUAAGGGAAAAGGUAACAUUACAGCCACUAUACUUCUAUAAGUCAAUGAUUCCUGAUUCACCUCUUGAGCCUGAUCCUGAAACGCACACAUACUCAGAACCAACAAUAAUACCAUUGGAGGAUGUUACAGGUAAUCAGGAUAAUGUGGGUGAUUUUAGAAAUAUGCCAUGGCCAGAGCCAAAAGGUAAUGCUCCUCCAAAUACGGCAAGUAAUAAUACAAAUGUCGCUCCACUAUUCCCAACGAAUAUACCACAGUUCCCAAAUGGCUUUCCAGGCCCACAAUUUCCAGGAAUGCCUAGUUUCGCAGGACCCCCAAUGAUGCCCGGUGAGUGGCCAAAUGGAGUGCCACCCAUGAUGCCAAACGGUAUGCCUGGACAAAUGCCGACCCCGGGUAUGCCGCCGGGACCAAUGCCACCCGGUAACUUACCACCGGGUAUGAUGGUACCUCCAGAUAAUAUGAUGAUGGGUCCAGAAAUGUUUGGAGCACCAAACCCCAUGUUCCCUGUUGGUCCUGAUGGAUUUAAUAUUCAACAAAAUAUGUUUCCAGUUGAUUUUAAUAUGGGCGGACCUCAGGGUCCUCCUGGGCCCGAUGGUUUUAACGGGCCAAACAAUUUCCGUGGAGCUAUGCGGGGUCGUGGCUCAGGUGGUUGGCGAGGAAAGGCGGCUACUGGUAACUGGGACAUGUCGCAAAGAGGUCGUGGUGGUCGCGGGGGUGGACGUAAAACUGUUUGUAUUUACUUUCAAAGAAAAGGCUCAUGUCGACAAGGUGACAAUUGUACUUUUUUGCAUCCAGGAGUGAAUUGUCCAUUUUAA